AUAAUCCGUUGGGUUUUAGUCAGUAAGUCUGACACUCCCUCAUCGCUGCUAACCCACUGCGGAAGGGGUCAUUUGAUGAUUUUUGACGUCGUUAAAAAAAAGAGAGAGAGAAUGAGAUAGGCAGAACACACUACCACGGUUCCAAGUCUACAAUAAUAAUAAUUGAUAUUCGUAUGUAAUCAAAUUUUUCUUCGCCUGAAUGCAUUUGUAAAUUGAAUUCGAAAAACUUUUUUUUAUUUAUCUUACACGACUGUGUAGUGUAAUAGUUACUUUAACCCAGUCAUGUUGUACAAGUCUCUUAUUUAUUCAUUAAUGUGGUUAAUUAGCUUUAAAUUUGUCUGUUCGAGCGAAGAAUAACUAACGGACAAGUUGAAAGCAAAGGGAAGAGGUAUGUGGUGUACCUUCUAAAUUCACCAUAUUCAGAAUACCAGCCAGAAGCCUGGCUCUGUGGUGGAGUUCUUAUUUCAACAACCAAAGUUUUGACAUCAGCGGCAUGCCUUACCGAAGUCAGUCAUAUUUAUGUGAUAGCUGGCUAUAAGAAAUACGUCAGUGGUAUCAGUAUACAAGACAAUGAUUGCACACGGUUUAAGAAGAAUAAGAUUAUCAGGAUUAUUAUUCCUAAAGCAUUUAAAUCAGAAACGUGGAUAAAAUUCGACAUAGGCGUUGGUGUUGUCGAAAAACCGUACGACUUUCUCGAUAUAACGUAUCGUUCGAUAUGUUCGUACGAACCAGAAGCUGUAGCGAUAAAUUACGAUGUCAAUCUGGAGGUCCCUAAUACUGCUGCUGUGGCAUUUGGUUGGGGAGGGUCGAGAGCUCGCGAGCCCGGCGUAGAUGGUGACCUAAACUCAAACUACUUGAUGUCAGCUCAAACACUUAUAACGCACAAAGAAGUAUGCCAAAAGCUGUUCCCAGAUAGUGUGGAUUAUUACUUCCUUUGUACUACAGCGUCAACUGCAUCCGAAGACAUUUUUUCUAACGUUAAAUGUAACCAGACUGAUUCCAAUGGCAGUCUUCCUAAAGAGUGCUUGGAUCCUGUCGAAGUAAACAUCAGUAGAAAAUCUCUAUCUGACAGUAAUUACACUACUACUACGACGAUGGACGAGAAAAAUGUAACGCUUGGUGAUUUUAAUAGAACGAGCAGAAAACAAGGGGAUGAGAAUAUCUAUGGCGGGAUUUGUCAGAAUGACCACGGUGGACCUUUAAUAGCAUUCUCAGGUGACAAAGAGGUGGUUAUAGGAAUUGCGUUGAAUAGCGUUUACGAUGAAGAAUAUCAAUGCAAAGGCCCCUUCUUAUAUCUGAGCACAGCUCAUUCUAAAGUACUCAUUAAAUGUUUGCUUGCUUCUGUCGAUGAAACACGUAAGGUAUGUGAAUCAAUGAAUUACGCGGUAGAUGAACGAAUUAUUAAGUGGCCAGAUGUCAAAAGUAAAGUACCAAAGGAAUGUGAAGAUGGGGGAUGUCAGGCUGUGCGGAUCCGACCACAAGUGAGAUUAUUAGACUUGAUAGAUGAUGCUAUAGAACAGUGAACACCAUUUAAUAUUUAUUUAUUGAGCUUGAAAAAUACGAAAAUAUUAUUGUUUCAAUUAGAUUCGUUAAUUAGAUACAUUAUAUUUCAUCAUCAUCAUCAUUUA